GGCAAUUGUCCGGGGCUCCACUCCGAAUCUAGCGGGUACGAUAUUCCAUGAGGAUGCAGUCAACAAAGGUAUAUUAGGGGACCUCUACCCAUUCUCUCUAUGAUCUCAGAACCUCCAGUAUCCCUAGCUCUGUCAACUCAGCAAUCGCAACGAACCAACAAACCAACCAACUAUUUCCCAUCAUGUGUGCCGUAAAACAACAUGUCAUUCAUGACUACGCGGAGGCUCCUCAACCCACUCAUGAGACCGUCAUUGUUGACGGGGUGCUUCGAUAUCCUCCCACCGACCUGAACGUUCUUGUUGUCGGUGGCGGCCCAGGUGGUUACUUGACAGCACUUGAGUGCUGGAGAAAGGGCCACGGCGUUGAAUUGGUGGAGAAGCUCAGUACUAACUCACCAACUGGCGACGCUUUCCUGUUGAGCCCAUCAGGCGUGUGCUUCUUGAAGUACUACCCGGCCCUGAUAGAAGAAUAUAAAAAGUGGACUUGGGAUCUUGCUAUCGGCAUAAGCCGGCUUGACGGCACGCCAAUUGUACCUUCUUUCGACUUUGAAUGGAACCGAACCGGUGUGCCGGAGCACGCCGCAUGGCCCUUACGGGUGCGCACUAUGAUGGCCAGGACAGGUUUGGCAACUAUGUUGUACGAUCAAUGCCAGCGACUUGGCAUCAAAGUCACGUUUGGCGUCAGCGUCGUGAACUAUCUCGAGAAUGCUACUGAGGGAACGGCAACAGCUGUCGCCAACGAUGGCCGCCAGUUCACUGCUGAUAUCGUGGUAGCAGCGGACGGUCUCGGCACCAAGUCUCACCAGAUUGUCUUAGGUCAACCCGUCCGAGCUAUACCGACCGGAUAUUCUAUCGCACGUUUCAUGUACUCCCUUGAUGGGAUCCAGAACCCGAUCCUUGACCAACUAAGAGAUAUCAAGCGUGGUGUGCUCCGCAUCAGUUCGGGUAACGGCUUUCACUCCUCCAUAUGUCUGACAAACAGCCACGUGCUUUUCACUUUGACAAGCCCAGACAAUGGGACAGCUGAGGAAUCUUGGUCUGCAGGAGUCACUCCGGACGAAGUCUUGUCCCGGAUACCUGACCUAGAGGGGUUGGAUCCGCUGGUCAUUGAAAUCAUUCGAAACGUUCCUCAGGAGAAGACAUUGAUCAGCUGGAAGCUAUGUUGGCGUGAUCCUCAGGAGAAGUGGACUUCGCCUGAAGGUCGCGUCAUUCAACUAGGCGAUAGUGCACAUGCAUUCAUUCCAACGUCUCUCAUGGGUGCCUCCACGGCUUUGGAAGAUGCCCAGUCUCUGCCCGAGUGUCUAAGACUUGCUGGUAAAGCUAAAGCAAAUCUUGGAACCAAAGUACACGAGCUCCUACGGGUUCGACGUGUCGCGAUUAUUCAACGCACAGGGUUUUCCAACCGAAGUCAAUCCCACCAAGAAGGUGGAAUGGAAGCAGCUGUGAAAAAUUCGAUUGAUAAUGAUCCUACACGAAUGGGUAAGUGGGUGUGGACCCAUAACCCUGAGCGGUAUGCGACGGAGAAGUUUGCUCAAGCCUUAGCCCAUUUAGAGGCCGGGGCACCAUUCGAGCAUACCAAUAUCCCCCCAGGUUUCAAGUGGGAGUCAGGUUGGACGAUGGAGAAGGAGCUUGAGAAAGAGAAGCUAGGUAUCAAGACAGAGGAGCUGAAGCAGAAUGGAGACUGGAGUGUCUAUUAGAUUAGG